GGGAAGGCUAUGGCGCUGCAACAGUUUAUUUUAUGUUUUUUAUUUGCCCUAUCUAAUGGAAAUGUAUACUCACUCGAAGCGCGCAAUAGCCAACAAAAGGAAGGCCAGAAGGAUUUCCCUAUUGAUAAGUUUAUGAACACAAGCAAACCAUUAUGGGUCUACAACACCACCAAAAGCAACAGUGAUAUUUGUAGAGUCGACGUCAACCAACACAUGAAUGCAACACAUACAUCCUUCAAGAGAUAUAGUGGUUCGAACAGCGAAAGAGGGGAAAAUGACCUUGUUGGAAAGUUUAGCUAUUACUACGAGACUGAAAACAAUCAUACCUAUGAUAAAAUGGAUGUUUUCGACGGGACCACUAAAAUCACUGAAGAGGUAAUGGAAUAUUUAAGUAAUGACAGCAAGUGCGCCGUUGUUUCGGUUAUGUCUCAAUCCGGAAUAUUAGAAGUAUGGUGGGACGUUCGAGUCGAAGAUCAUCUAGUGAGGCCAUCAGUUAACGUCACUAACUACGAGAAGUGUUUCCAAAAGUUUGAAGUGAUUUUAAACGUGACAAGAAAGAAGUGGACAUCACCUUACCGGAAAGACUAUCAGAUUGUCCAAUCCGAGUUUGAUGUCUUGCAUUGAGUGAUCUUGCACAGAAGUGUAGACAAUAAAAGCAUGAAAGCAGCAACAAU